CUGGGCGGCGGACGGAGGUAGAGAAAGCGACGAGGCUAGAGUCAGGCGUUAGUUCACGUCUGCUGAAGCUUCGGAACUUUCUCGCUAUCUCGAACGCUUCAAUGUUUUUUUUUUUUUUUUUUCAUAUCAGAGGGACACCGGGCUGAGGCAACAAAAGGGAAGAAAAGAAAAUACCUCUACUACUUUUAACAAACCCGAGCUAAAGUUAUUUGGUUUUCCAAGGAUGUUUUCGUGGCUUUAGUGAUUGAAAUUAUAAUUAGUGAGGUGACGAGUUUUGCAAGGGUAUUUUCAUGGUUUAGUGACAAUUUCCUUUGAUUUACUGGAAGUUAUCGUGCUUUUACGAAUGUUUUAGCAGGGUAUAGUACAAACUGUUAAGGAUUUACAAGUGUGUUUCCUUGGGUGAUAGUUUUACAGCCUGUAGUGAAAGUCAACGAAGUGAUAAUGGCACUAUCAUGACUCAGUGAUGGUUUGGUGAGGAUCCUGCGUCAUUAAUGAGAACACCCAUGAGAACCUGACUAAUCACCUCUGUGGCAUUUGUUAACAGUCCUGGUGAAAGAACAAAGAGCUUAACAAUACGAACAAGAUACAAAUGGAGAACACAAACCAGAAUACAUCAACAAUUACAAGCAGAUUCAUUUAACGAGGUAGUUAGAGGAAAUAUUUUAUCAGCAUGGCAAAGACUAACUAUCUUUGCCAUUAUUUUGAGAUGAAGUGCUUAAGAAUACAAGAAUACAAACAAGAUACAAAUGAAGGAUGCAGACCAGAAUACGUCAACCAUUACAAGCAGUUUAAUACAAUGAGGUAGUUAAAGAAAAUAUUCAUCCACACGGUAGAGAUAAACAAACCAGGUUGUUAGCGCCGAGUCAUUAGGUAGUUUUAAGAGAUUAUACGAAUUUAUGGACAGGGAUGAUAGGUAGAAAUACGCAGGCAUGUUUGAAAUAUGGACCACCGCGAGCAGGCCUAUUAGUUUCUUGCACCAGCCCUUAUUUUUCUUACAUUCUUACUUUAGCUCUUAAUAUUAACCCAUUAGCUGCCAAUGUUCCCAUUUGGGAACACAUAUUAAUAUGCUAUUAUUAUCAAUGAAACAUGCUUGUAGGGGGAGAUCGUUCUUCCUCAUGUUUGAACAGGAUCAUUUUGCACCAGUCAUCGUGCGUAAACAUGUCAGGCUGCCGCCUUCUGUGCUCAGUGGGAAGUUGAACUUCACUGAAUUCACACCUCCCUCGGAGCUCUGUAAAACUUGUUGAUAUCGAUGUCAAAGUUGCUCAGUCUCGCUGAGGCAGUGGCCUUAGUUUUAGAAGAGGAUGGAGAGGAGAUCAAUAUUCUUCCACCAGAAGAAGACCAGGCUCUUACUGAUGAGGAGAAUAUUGAUGAUAACCUCCUUGAAGAUUGCUCUGAAGGCCAAGAUGCUGAGCAAAUUCUCCCUCGUGAUGUUUGUGGCAGGGUAGAAGUUGCUGAUAAGCUUGAUACAGAUGAAAGACCAACUGUAUCACAAGGAAAUGACACAGGCAGUGAAGGAAAUAAUAAAAAGAGGAUGAAAAAGGCUCCUGCAAAGAAAGUGUCCUGGAAAAAAUGUAAGAACACUAAAGUAUUUCCUCAAAAAAAUAAAAUAAAUCAAUUGGAAGAAGACUACCCAAACUUAUGCUCACUUUCUCCUGGGGAAAUGUUUCUGAAGCUCUUCAAUAAUGACAUUCAAAAACUGCUUGUUCAAGAGACGCUCAGAUAUGCCCAUGAGAAGUGCAACAAUCCAAAAUUCACAUUUGACACCAGAGAUCUAUUAGAUUUCAUAGGCAUUUUCAUACUCAGUGGAUACCACAAACUACCCCGUGAAGAUAUGUACUGGGAAAGGUCAGAUGAUGUUGCAGUUCCAGUUGUGUCAAGGCGAAUGUCUAUAAAUAGAUUUAGAGAGAUCAAGCGAUAUUUCCACGCAGCAGAUAAUAAUAAUCUAAACAAGACUGAUAAAAUGUCAAAGGUCAGGCCAAUGAUUGAAGCAACAAACAAAUCACUGCAACAGUUUGGGAUCUUUUGUGAACAUCUCUCUAUUGAUGAAUGUAUGGUUCCAUAUUUUGGUCAUCACAGCUGCAAGAUGUUUAUAAGAGGGAAGCCAAUUAGGUUCGGCUACAAACUUUGGUGCCUGUGUUCAUCAACUGGUUAUCCAUACAAGUUUGAUGUGUACUGUGGCAAGUCACUGGAGGGCAGCAAUACUGAUGAUGCACUUGUGUAGUGCUGGGAAAUUAAUUAUGUAUAUUUCUACUUUUUUUCCUAGGCUAAGGCCCAUGUAAUAUGCGAGGGUGACCAGAAUCUCAGAACCAUGUGACUAACCCCUCCCCUUCCCCUCCUCUCCUCAGUGUCCUUUUGUCCUUGCUUUCCCCCCCCUCUCUCAGCGUCACUGUGUUGACCACUUCUAUAACAAAUUUACCCCGUGAAUAAACGUAAUUUCUCCUGCUUGGCCAGGUUAUAGAGGCGAAUUUUUCACCUAAUCCCAGAGAAUGGGGAGCCCUUAAUAUGAUAAAAUUAAUUCUAUAAUGGUAAGGUCUUAAACCAGCCCAAACAAAUCCCAGAUAAUUACGCCGCGCCAAUGAGGUUGACGAAUCUGAUAAGUCUUCUUUGCUUCGCAUCCCUGUCACCCCUGUUGCUACGCAAGCCGGGAAGAGAUACCAGACUUUGACUAAUUCCCCAAUUGAUUUCAAAAGUCCAUUGAAUUAAACUUCUUAAAGUAACAACUAUAAAGUAAACAGUAACUUAAUUAUUCAUAUUUUUCAUCCCUGAACUCACAACCUAGUCGCCCCCCCCCACUAAAAAACAAAAUUAUAACUUAAUAAAUUUCCCCAUUGGAAACCUUUAUCCUUAGUUUCCCGCCGAUCUCCUCACAAGCAAAGCCAGUCUCUCUCGGAUUCUCCUCAGGUGAGCAUGCAGUCUGAUAGUCUCCCCCUCCAUUCCUGUAAUAUUAAGUAAGUGUUUAUUUAACAAUAAUUUUACUAAAGCCAGUCUCUCUCGGAUUCUCCUCAGACCCUCUUGGAUUCCCCUCAGAUAUUCCUGUUGAUAAACUAUUUCUGAGUGGAUAGAUAUUCGCAUUUUUUCGUUCUUUUUUUGUUGGUUUUCUCCACGGGACUAGUGAAACCA